UUUCUGGUGAUGGGAGGAAAAAGGGGGCAUUUCUUUCUGUGACAUCAUUCAUGUGUCUGACAUGUGGUCCUAAACCACCCAGUGCCUGUGCAGUCUGCAAGCUCUGUAAACAUGUUUACCUGAGCAGGGAAGAAACAUGGAUUUUAUUCAAUAUUUAAGGAUAUUAGAAGGUUUGCAAGAAAGAAUGAUUAUCCUCAAGUCUGGGGAGCUGUACUGAACAGCCUGGAUCUCUCCAAGCCUAUUGACAUCUACAGGAGAAUGCUGCAUCAAAUGGCAACGUGUGCAGUUACCAAUUACAACAAUGUGCUAGAAGCAAACUCGGACUCCGAUGAUGAAGACAAAUUGCACAUCGUGGAAGAGGAAAGUGUUACAGACGCAGCAGAUGGUGAAGGCAGUGUGCCAGAAGAUGAUUUGCCAACAGACCAAACAGUAUUACCGGAAGACAGGGAGAGUGCAAAGGGCGGCGUGACGUGUUGUUGGGGCGAUGAAGAUGGCAAUGAAAUCCUGGGGCCUGAAGCUGAUGUGGAUGAAGGUGGAUGUACAGUUAAAGAUGAAGAAUGUGAUUCUGAUGAGGAAAAUGAACAAAAUCACGAUCCCAACGUAGAAGAAUUUUUACAGCAAGGAGAUACAGCAGUAAUCUACCCUGAAGCACCUGAAGAUGACCAGAGGCAAGGAACGCCCGAGGCUACUGGUCAAGAUGAAAACGGAACACCCGAUGCGUUUUCCCAGCUCCUCACUUGCCCGUACUGUGACAGGGGAUACAAACGUUACACGUCUUUGAAGGAACACAUUAAAUAUCGUCAUGAAAAAAAUGAAGACAACUUCAGCUGUUCCAUGUGCAGUUACACCUUUGCUUAUAGAACGCAGCUUGAUCGUCACAUGACAUCACAUAAAUCAGGAAAGGAUCAAAGGCAUGUAACGCAGUCUGGAGGUAACCGUAAAUUCAAAUGUACAGAGUGUGGAAAAGCUUUUAAAUAUAAACAUCAUCUAAAGGAACAUUUGCGAAUUCACAGUGGAGAAAAGCCAUAUGAGUGUCCUAAUUGCAAGAAGAGAUUUUCCCAUUCUGGUUCUUAUAGCUCCCAUAUAAGCAGUAAGAAAUGUAUAGGCGUAGUUCCAGUUAAUGGACGGGCAAGAUCUGGUUUAAAGACUCCACAGUGCUCUUCACCUUCCCUUUCGGCUUCCCCAGGGAGUCCAGCCCGACCACAGAUCAGGCAAAAGAUUGAAAAUAAACCAUUACAGGAGCAGCUUCCUGUAAACCAAAUUAAAACCGAACCUGUGGAUUAUGAAAUUAAGCCAAUAGUGGUCACGUCAGGAAUUAACUGUACAGGCACGCUGCAAAAUGGAGUCUUCAGUACUGGUAGUACUCUGCAGGCCACCAGCUCUCCUCAGGGUGUGGUCCAGGCUGUUGUCCUACCAACGAUGGGGCUGGUAUCACCUAUAAGCAUUAAUCUUAGUGACAUUCAAAAUGUUCUAAAGAUGGCUGUUGAUGGGAAUGUAAUUAAAAUGUUGGAAAAUAAUCACGCAACCCUUACAUCCAAAGAACAAGGCACACUCACCUCUGCAACUAUACAACAAGCGGGUCAUUCUGUUAUUUCAGCAUUUAGUCUUCCCUUGGUUGAUCAGGAUGGUACAACCAAAAUAAUAAUUAAUUACAGUUUGGAGCAGCCAAGUCAGCUUCCCAUUGUUGCGCAAAAUUUAAAAAAAGAAAUGCCUGUCCCAGCAGAAAUUUGCAAAACCGAAAAAUUACCAGAGGACCUCACCAUCAAAAUAGAAAAGGACACCAAGUUUGCCGGGGAAAGCACUGGCUCGACUCCAGACGUUCGUCCAGGAGACAUCAAUGCACUUCAAGAAGUUAAGCACUGUGGUCAGAAAAAAAGCGAUCUGCUUCCUGAAACUAGCAAAGCAGAGACCGUUAAAUCUGAGUCAUUGUCUGUGGAUGUUGUAGAUGGGAAUCUAACGUCUAGUCAGCCUCCUUUGAAAAAUUUCUUAUCUCUUUUGAAAGCCUAUUACGCUUUGAAUGCACAGCCAAGUGCCGAAGAACUUACAAAAAUUGCAGAUUCCGUAAAUUUACCACUGGACACGGUAAAGAAAUGGUUUGCGAAGAUGCAGAAUGGAGAAAUUUCUGUUAACUCUUCAAGGUCAUCUUCUCCAAAACCUGGAGAAAAUGGUGUUUCUGUAGAAAACAGUGUUAGAUCUAAAGAGGAGAGCAAAGUUCAGAAUGGCACAGAUGACUUAUCUGAUCCUCCCAACAACGAGCCCUCGGACACCCUACCUGUCAACGGUUCAACCAGUGUCACAUCUUCACCAUCACCACUAAACCUCUCAUCUCUAAAAAGUUCCGAAGGUGAGACGUACUCUGAUGGGGUACAAGAAGACCAAGAAAAUCAAGUAGAGCCUCUUGAUUUAUCUUUACCAAAGCCACAAGGAAACUUGGCCGAAAGACCUUCCAUAACUAGUGUUUACCAGAGCAGUGUUUAUUCUGUUCAAGAAGAACCAUUGAACUUGUCUUGUGUGAAAAAAGAGCCAACGCAAAUGGACAAUGAUACAAAAUCCCAAACAGCUCUUAUUUUAAACCCAAGUGCCAAUCCAAUAAACAUUGCAAUUCCAACAGUCACUGCCCAGUUACCUACAAUUGUUGCCAUUACUGAUCAGAACAGUGUACCAUGUUUAAGAGCACUAGCUGCCAAUAAGCGGACUAUUUUAAUUCCUCAAGUGACAUAUACGUAUUCAACCACUUCUAGUCCUGCGGUUCCAGAACCACAACAAAAAACCAUCCAGACAAAUGGAAAUCAGGACGAAAGACAGGACACAAGCUCAGAAGGUGUUUCAAAUGUAGAAGAUCAAAAUGAUUCUGAUUCCACUCCACCCAAAAAGAAGCUGAAGAAGACAGAAAACGGACUCUAUGCUUGUGAUCUCUGUGACAAAAUAUUCCAGAAGAGCAGUUCACUGCUUAGACAUAAAUACGAACACACAGGUAAGAGACCACAUGAGUGUGGAAUCUGUGCAAAGGCAUUUAAACACAAACACCAUUUAAUUGAACAUAUGCGUCUUCAUUCUGGUGAAAAGCCCUACCAAUGUGACAAAUGCGGGAAGCGAUUUUCACACUCUGGGUCCUAUUCUCAACAUAUGAACCAUCGUUAUUCGUAUUGCAAGAAAGAAGCCGAUGAACGUGACGGAAUCGAGCAGGAGGACACUGGACAAGAGAACCUUAGCAAUGACCAUGUGGACUCGCAGGAAUCUCCUUCUCAGAUAGACUCUGACGAGCGUGAGAGUAUCGCCAGGGACGAAGACAGUGAAAAAGAAGAAGAUGACGAAAAAGAUACGGACGAUGGACAGGAUGAAAAAGAAUGUGAUCAAGUGCAUGACAUGGAAGAAAUAGGAUGUGAAGCAGAACAAUUAGAAGGUACUUCAAAAGAUGAAGAUAAAAGUCUUGGUGAAGACGUCACAGAAAAGAAUGUGUUGGAGAAAGACGAAGCCCAACCUUAGCAGUGUCCUCUGUUUCCUAUAUGGAAAUGUCAUUUUUUUGAAAUUACGGUAUAAUGAAGUUUAUUCUAUAUUAUACAUGCUUUUCUCUGAAACGCAGUACUUGUAUACUGUGAUUUCGGUUCACUACUGUGUUUAAAAAAAAAAAAAAAAAAAAUCCAGGUGUGCCUGAAUAUCAAACUUAGAAAUUUUUCACAGCAAUUUUAAAAAGAAAAAUAAAUUUAGGAAACAGUUUGUUACAUGCAAUGUUAAAGAGAUAUAUAUAGAGAAAUAAUGACUCCGAAGCUUAAAAAAAAGAAGAAGAAGAAAAAAAAUAAAAAAAGGAACCAGGUUUUAAUGAACCUGCUCAUCACGGUCAUACACACAUCUGGACACCUUUCCUUUAUCAGUAUUACGUUUCAUUAUUUUAUUGUUUAGUUUGUACAUUUGGGAGAAAUUUUUAUCCUUUUUUUUUUUUUUUUUUUUUUUUUUUUUAACAGCUGCAUUUAUUAAAUCCGCUUCAGUAUUUUAUAAAAAAAAAAAAUGUGAGUAUAUCUGCACUACAGAAUUCCUCCUUUACAAAUAAUGCAUGUUUAACUUUUAGAGUGUCUGCAAGCAAGUGCAUUUUGCCUUGUACAUUCUCCUGCCAUUCUGAAAGUUAUCAGUGCAUCUACUACCUUUUAGAAGUCCAAGUCAAGGUAGAAGUUUAUAGAUUAUAUCGUUUGCAAAUUUUUAUUAUUUACAGACUAAUUUUUUUUUUAAGCAGUAAAGAGAAAAAAAAAAAAAAGCACCGUAGUAAAGUCUAGGGUGCGUUCUCCUUGUUAAGGUGAACUUGUACUAUUUUCAUAAAGCUCCAGAUGCAAGGAUUAACCAUUUAUUCUGGGAAAAACUGCAAAAAUCAGUGUUUGUACUUGCUUGAAUAUGUAGUAACCAUAUGAAGGAUUUAAAGCUAUGUAUCUCCUACUGGCCUUAUGCAAGACCUCUGUGCUGUAAGUGCCAUUUUCAGUAUUUAAAAGGCUUGAAUUUGCCUUUGUUCGAUGGAGGUCUGUAAUAAGUAGCAUUUAUAGUGUUAAUAAUCUAUUCUAUGUAGCUAAUGCCAACGAUCAUUUUAAAAAGUGUUUCCAUUUAAUUUUCAGUAUUGUAGCGUGUUUCGAUCUCACCUGUGUUUUAUAAAAUCAAAAUCUACGCAAAAAAAAAAGAAAGACAGGUUUUGCAUAUUUUCAAGAACUUUACCUUGAUAUAUAUUUACUAUUCCAUAAUUCACUAAUGGUGAACUAUUACAAACUCCACAUUAGUUUUUUUUUUUCCACCAAUCUAGGGAAAGUAGUUUUCCGUGUCACAUGACCCUUUAAAGGGACACAAUAGUGUUAGGGAUACGGACAUGUAUUUCCAAUGCUAUAGUAUCGUCGUCCCUCCCCUCCUUUGCAGUAAAAAGUAAUUUUAACUUUCCUAUACUCCCUCUCUGCCCUGGCUUUAAAAUUGAUGAACUCGCUAGUGGGCAUGCACGAAAAAUUGCCGCGCCGUUCCAGUCAAAUGCUCUUUGGGUUCUCACAGGGGAUGUGCCUCCAGUACCUGGCAAUAGAAAUAAACUGUGCAAAUUUUACACAAUGUAAUGUUUUAUAUUGCAUUAUUAAAAUGACAGAACCACUGCACCCAAACCACUUUAUUGAGAUGAAGUGGUAUCGGUGCCUAUAGGGGCUCCAAACUUGUUUAUUUUUUGUAUGCUGAAUUGUCAACAGUUGACUUUUUUUGAAAAAUAUACUUGUUUGGUAGUUUUUGGAAAUGUUUGUAGCGGAAUGCCUGUCCUGCGCAGUUGUUUUUGUUGUUUAUUUUUUACUUGUCAGUGGAUUUUACCUUCAUUCAGGAUUGAGUUGGGAAACUUAGAGGAUAUUGCUCGUGGAAGAAUUGGAUUCUUUUAACUGAUGCUUAAACUGAGGGUACUCCACUCUACUGCACUUUGCUAGGUCCUGUCACUGACAAGUCCACUUUAAACCCUUAGACGUUAUUUGGUUUAAGACUUAACUCCAGUCCCCAGCAGAGAGUGCCAUCAUUUUGCCUUUGUGGGUGUUACAUUUACUCUUUGCCAACCACAUAUGCCAAGAGCUGGUUGUUAAAUGGCGAAAGGACAUUGCAUUAAUAUAAAAUAUCUAAAAAUGUAUGCAUUUGCUAACAAAUUUUGUUGUUGUUUUUUAAAAGCAUACGCUGUGUGUGUACCGUGACAGGCACACAUUAACCUCACCGCUUCAGAUAUAAAAGUUCGGUAUGACGGAAAAUGUCUGUCAUGUGGCCUGAAGUGGUUGAGCUGACUUAUCAGGGAUAGAA